AUGGCGGGCGACGAGUACUCCAUCGGCGGCGGCAAGCUCAAGCUGAAGGGGAGUAAAGUCAGCGGAGGGCGGGUAGAGAAGAAAAAGAAGAAGAGCAAGAAGAAGGAAGAAGCGACACAGCCGAAAGAGACCACAGUGGAAGGACCAGAACGAGAGAACGAGGGCGUGAGGUCGGAGGAGAGAGAGAGGGAGGGCGAUGUGCCUGGGAAGACCGAAGCGGAGAAGAGAGCUGAGGAGAUAAGGCGGAAACGGUUGCAUGAGCGGCUUCAGCGCGAAGGUGUCAAAACUCAUAAGGAACGCGUGGAGGAGCUGAAUAAGUAUCUUAGUCGGCUGAGUGAGCAUCAUGAUAUGCCGAAGAUUGGACCGGGUUGA